GCCCAUAACCCCUCUUCUUCUUCUCUCUGCUUAUAUAUAGGAGCUGUAUAAGGAACACGUUUCAGCUGGCUUUGUUAGAAGCGACUACGUUCAUGAGAUCGUAAGCAGUGGUAGAUAAAGGUGAUCUGUAGACUUGAUCAAAACUUUGGGAACGAGUGAGUGUGCUCGACGUCGUGUGAUACCUCGUGGUCAUUUAUGGACGCAUAUUUGUGCGGGACUUGCUAGCUGAUCGAAAACAUGAGGUGCAUAUCGAUGAGGCAAAACAGAAGUAAGCCGACUUCGCACGUUGUAGCGCAGCGAAAGGAUCGCAUGUGGGAAUUCGUAAAAGGAUGGUACCAGCAGAGAGACUCUUCGGAUUGUUUGGAAAUGCCAUCUUUGAAAGGCAACUCGCUCAACGGAGUUUUCACAAUAAAUAAAGCUGUUGCAGAAGACGUGAAUAUAUGUCAUGAGUGCGAAAUCUGUAAUCAGAGCUUCAAUACGUUGGAAGACGUAGAACGCCACAUGAAAGAGAGGCACAAAUUCUUCGUGUGCAUCUGCGACUUAUGUGGUUAUAUGGGUCUAAAACACAGAGUGGAAAAGCACAUAAUAAAGGAACACAAGGAUAUAUACUUCCGUGAACAAUCCUACGAUAAGAAUGAAGAAGGUAAGAACGAGGUAGAGGGCACAUGGUCCUUGGAGCAGCUUAUAAGUUACAGUCGCAGCGACUUGGGGCCGAUCAUUUAUGAGGAGUAUAAUUCAUGUAAGAGACAAAUGAAGUCCUUGCAAAAGAACAAGAACCGCAAAGAUCUAUUCUUCUGCCCGUUCUGCUACAAGUAUGUCCACGAUGCCGUGCUCAUGGCGCACUUAUCAGUGCACGUUGGUGCUAGGUCUUAUGUCUGUAGUAUCUGCAGCAAGAAGUUCAACCUAAAGCAUCAAUUGGAGCAGCACAUGCUAAUCCACAUGGGGACAGGCAUUAAAAAGAAGUCCAAGACCCGCUUACUUCGACAUUCCAGUCCUCGUUCGUCAUAUUCUAAUUUCUGGCGAAAAUAACAGGAGGAAUGAAAAGCAGUCGAAACAAGCUUCGACGUCGAGCAGAAGGAGAAACGAAGGAGACGGAGAUGAGCAAAUUUCGUGUUGUGAUGGUACGUAUUUUUACGAAAGCGUGGUGGAAUUAUGCAGAGUGGCUGACGAUGAGGUAUAAAUCUUUUGCGGGCGUGUGUAGACUAGGUGAAACGGAGCAAAAAUUUCCCUACCAUCUUGCGACGACUACAUGAAAACCACAUGGCUUUUAUGUUAAAAAGCGGACAAAACAACGAAAAUUGAGUUGCUCAUUUAAGAAGAUAAGCAAAUAAUCGCUUUUAUUAUAUCUGAUAAAACAUUCUUGCUGUCGCAGGUCUGCUCGAUCGAUUACAAAAGUGACAUUUUCCAAAUAUAUCUUUUCGCUUCAAAACGCGUCCUGCGGACAUUUUUCAACAUACGUUUCUUUGUUCCUGUUAUUGUUCACAACGUACGAUUCUUGCAUCUAUUGUACCUUAUGCAUUCAUUUUGCACAUGCGUGCUCCUCACCGGUGCGCGCAAAAUAGCGCACCGCGCAUUUACUGAAGUCAGCGGUGUAACAAAUCCCCCGGGACUCCCCGCACACGCGAAGUGCGAUGAUAUAAUCCACAUUCUAUGUUUUAAUGCUUUUUUAUUUAAUGUUUCUAACUGUUAUCAAGAAACGGGGAAAUAUAGUGUCUAUUAUACGUUUUUAUAAACUGGUCUUUGUAUAUUAAAAUUUGUUAUGUAAAUGUAACCAAUGAUAUCAGUGUUCCUCCAUCCUUCUCAUUGUCUCGUUUGUCUCUGCUGAA